UGCCUGUAACACGACCAUCUUUUGAUGCUGUUGCGCGGCAGCAAUGGCCCGCUCUACAUGUAAAAUCCGCCUUAUUUUAGGCGUUAUGAUAGGUUCCAUUGGUGUCAACGUCUUAUGUUAUAUCUACGAGAGGACAUUUUUAACCAGACGAAGUGCAUGUUUAUUUUUGUUCUUCGGCCAGUUGCCAGCUAAGGACCCUAUUAUUAGCGAUGCCGUAGGGUGUCCUUUAGUCCUAGAUUGCAACAGCUGGCAUAGCUCAGAAGUUUGAACUGAAAUCGACUGAUUUUAACUAAUGUUAAUCGCCUAUGCCUCAAAAC